AUGAGCAAGCACAUCCUGUUGCUAUUCCCUCUGUGCUGCCUCAUUGUGGCAGUGACAUCACUUAGAUGCAUGACAUGUCACCUUCGCACACCGACAGACCACUGUAGGAGAGGUUUUGGUGUCUGUAUUGCUCAGAAGUAUGAGACAUGCAUGCUCUUAAAGAUCUUUGAGGGUGAUGCUCUCCAGAUAUCAUACAUGGUGUGUCAGAAAUUCUGCAGAGACUUGGAAUUUAAUCUCAAUAAUCGAACUUAUGUUCAUAAAUGCUGCAAUUACAGUUAUUGUAACUUCAAACUCUAA